CGGCUUGCCGCGCAUCGGGGCUGAGAUCAAAGAGUGUCAGUCAAAAUAACCGUAGAAAUCACGUAUCUACCGAGAGUGUGAUUCGCGCUGCUCGAUCCUGCAUAUUUUCACCCGUGAUUAAGUUGUCCGCUUGAUAUCAUCGGAAAUCUAUCACUUGACUCCCUAACCAACCAUACUCCAUUCCGACGAAUUUUCCCCUAAAAUCAUUCAGUCACUCCAACCCCAUGCAGCCAUUUCGCAUCAAGCUAUCCAACGAUGGGACUGUAACAGGCUUCCAUUCAACCCCCCCAGCAUCAGCAUCCCAUCUACGUUACCGUCCUCUGAUCGUCGGACUUCAUGGUGGAUGCUACGACAGCCAGUAUUUCAAGGGCAUCCCCGGUUACUCUGCCCGAUUGAGCAGCGAAGCCUUCGGGGCACCAUUCGUGGCGAUCGACCGUCCCUCGUACGGGGGCACAAGCUCGAUUCUUCCAGUCCCAGAAGGAACCGACUUCUACCGAGAGACUGGCCGCUGGCUGCACCAAUACAUUCUGCCCCAGAUCUGGUCCGACUUCGGGAUACCUAACGACUGCCACUGCAUCGUCUUGCUCAGUCACAGUCUGGGAGUCACGGGAGGUAUCAUUGCGGCGGCUCUCCACGCGCAGGAUAAUGCACCGCGAUAUCCCCUGGGCGGUCUCAUCGCCAGCGGCAUGGGCAACACGCAGCUGCCGGCAAUGAGGGCCAGCAGCCCAUCCUUUGUGUCCAUCAACGCAGAUCACGUCCAGUUCCCUGGGGAGUACAAGGACGCAGUGAUGUUCCGACCCGGAACCGCGGCGGCAGAGGUUCUGGGCCUGUGUGAGCGCCUGAACGCGAUCUCGCCGCUCCCAGACCUUGUCGACUUCCCGACGACCUGGCUGCCGGUGUGGAAAGAGACGUGGGCAUCCCAGGUUCUGGUCCCGGUCAUGUUUGCGCUGGUGGAGGACGAUCCAUUUUUCACCACAGACGAAGACGAGCUCGACACGUGUGUGCGGGCAUUCAAGCGCAGUGCGCGUGUCGAUGGGAGUCUGGUUCGAGGCGCCCCGCAUUGCAUGGAGCUCAGCUACUGGUCCCAGGGAUGGUAUGCCCGGUGUUUUGGGUUUGCUAUGGAGUGUGCUGCAGGUAUGGCAACUCGUUGA